UCGAACUGUCUGUCGAACAGUUUUACGUUAACCUGCUCGGAACAAGACUAGCAUUGUACUCCCAACGCAUCAUUUGUUGCAGACGGUGUGGCGGAGAGACUGCAGAUACAGAGGAGACAGGCCGCCGAGACGGCAUUAUUAUUAUGCAGCGUUCUUUCGACAUCGGAAUUAUACUACUUGUCGUCCUAACGGCGGUCGGUGAGCAGCUGCAGCGUACGGACGCGGUCAACUCGCCCGGCAAGAAGACGAGCGGGUCGUUCAGCGUGUGGUUUCGUGCCGAGCCCGACCUGCCCCGCAAGAAGGAUAUGAAAACUGACAAACUCAACCGACUCAUCGGGUCCGAUUACAACGAAAUGUGGAUGAGCAAAACGGCAAUUGUAACGGCAUAUCACGGAAACACAUCGGAUUUGGUAAGUGUCAAGUCAUUGGAGACGUCCGGACCGGACAGCUUACAGCUUCCGGAACAACUUCCAGCCCAGUACCAAGAGUUAAUGCGCUCAUGGUUGGUGCACCGAAGUACGUGUCCGGUAGAAUACGUGUGGACAGACCUGGGAAAGUCAUUUUGGCCCAGGUGGAUAAAAAAUGGUCGGUGCGGUCGUUUAGGAACGAUGAGCUGUAGUUGGCCACCGGGCAUGUCGUGCAUGCCUUCGUCUAUCAAAGUACUUAAUCUGUUGCGGUGGCAUUGUUGGUUAAAAAAUAGAAAAAAUAAAAGAAAGAAUCGGGAAAGAAAAAUGAUGGAAUUGGCAAAAGCACACGCGGUAAGGAGCAAGAGAACCACCGGACUAAGGAAAAAUAAAAAAAAAGACGAUAAGUUCAGAUGUUUAUGGAUUAAAGUACCAUAUCCAGUGACCGAAGACUGUACCUGUUCGUGUAGAAAACUUGAGGAAUAAUCUAAAUAAAAUGUAUGCAUAAUGCAUAUUUAUAAAUAGUCUGACGCAAUCUCAUUCUUAACUAUAUAUUAUAAUAAUUUAUUAUUGUACAUUCAAAUAAGAAUAACAUUUCGUUAGCUUGAACAUAUUAUUGUAUUACGAUACUAUUUUUUUUAGAAAUUAUAAAAAUUAA